AUGAAAGAAUUGGAGUAUCUUCGCUCUGAAUUAGCUCAAAAAAAGGUUGAAACAUCCAUUUCAAAAUACUUUAAUGAAGAGAUAUUUACAAAAGAUAGAGAAGCUUUACUCAAAGAUGGAUUUGUUAGUAAAGGAGACUAUCUCGAAAUCCCAUUAACAAUACUGAAUGCUAGAUACAAACAGUGGUGCAUCGAUACUGGACAUAAUCGUAUGUUGCGUAAAGCGAUCAUUGAGAACAUUCGAAACGAUAAAGUCGAUGGAGUUGUGUUCAAAUAUUAUGAUGGAUACGACAAAAUACGUGUUUUCCCGCAUUAG